UAUAGUGUAUAAAAGCUCAAGACGUAGGGCUUACAAGCACAGUAAAGUACUAAGAAGAGAAGGCAAUGUAUCGCCCAAGAAGCAAGUUCUUCUGUUACCUCGUGAUUAAUGGAUUCCUGAUAUGCCUGUUGUCCGAGAGCGUACAAGCAAUUGUUGGAGUUGACGAAUGUCAGGCGACACGAGUGAUACACUUCCUUGAAUAUCCAGGUUGUGUUCCAAAGCCAAUUCCCAGUUACGCAUGCAGAGGACGUUGCAGCAGUUACCUACAAGUGUCCGGGUCCAAAAUGUGGCAAAUGGAGAGAAGCUGCAUGUGUUGUCAAGAGAGCGGCGAGAGAGAGGCUAGUGUGUCCCUGUUCUGUCCGCGAGCGAAGCCAGGGGAGAAGAAGUUCCGGAAGGUAAUCACCAAGGCGCCGCUGGAAUGUAUGUGCAGACCGUGCACCAGCGUGGAGGAAUACGCGAUAGUCCCUCAGGAGAUCGCGGGAUUCGCCGAUGAGGGACCGUUCACAACAUCCGCACAUUUUAGAAGAUCCUCCGGCUUGCAAUGAGUAUAUCUUUUUCCACAUAUAUAAAUUUUUUCUCUCGUCAAAAUUAUAUCGCAUAUUGAUAUGUAAAACGCGACUAAAUCUCUGCGUUUAAUCGCUCGGUGUUGUGAAAAAAGAAAAAAAUAAUGAAACGUGCAAAAAUUCUCAAACGUGCCAUGUUAAUUCCCCAAGUUGAAUCGAAACACAAUUGAGGCUGUAAUAAAUUUAAAUAUAUGCAAUGCGUAUAGUUCUUUCAGGAAUAUUUUUUUCCUCGUAAACCGAAAGAAAAGUUUUAUUGCGACGAGUUACGGUUUAUUUUCGCCCAAUCGUGUUCAAUGAGCGGCAAGAAUAAUUAACAACGGUUUGUCAUGGAGUUCUUUUUUUUUAUUUUUUUAUAGAUAUGGCUUAUAUGUACGUAUGUAUAAGUGUGUGUGUGUGUACCUAUGCGAAGUGUGUCAUCCGAGUCCUUAGCGAUAUUUUUAUUUAUAUUAUGUAUAUGUAAAUCUAUACGUACGUAAGUACACGCAGAUAUACGAGUGUAUAUAGCGAUAUAUGUGCGUGUUCAUACGUGAGAAAAAUGUGUUUCAACGCAAUGUGUCGUCGCACACGUUGUGUCGUAUGCAACAUUGCGAGAGACAAGCUCCAGCGUCCGUAACCUCUGUGAUUCAUACCUGCUUCCAGUUUACAGUCUCGUUCAAUUAUUUACAAAUGAUAACUCCUUACUUUUUUAGUCAUUAUCCGCACUUAUCCACAUAUUUUAACAUUUUCUUUUAUUUAUAUAUAAAUUAAUGUAUUUUAUAUUUGCAUGUGGUUCAUAAGUGCACCACAUACGUACCACUCAUAUGAAUCUUACACAGCCAUUCUCGCGACAUUCAUUCGUUAUUAACUUUUCCCAAUUCUCCAUCUCUUCGUACAUAGCAGCUAAGAGUCGUACAAUUUCAAUUCUAUUUAAUCGCGAAAAGAGAGAAAAGAAAGAAAAAUUGGAUUAAAGAAAAUCUCAGUUACUUCAAACUGCCGCUAUUUACGAAAUAUAUCAAUAAUUUUAAUAAAGUUUCAGUCGAGUCGUAAUUCCAAAAGAAAAAGAGGUUUAUCUAAAUUCUUUAACUUAGUUUAACAAAAAAAAAGACUGUGCUGCAUUCGCAGCAAGUUUCACUGCUACAAAAAUGAACAACUUGAAAAGGAAUACUAAACAUUUGAACAAUAUAUAUUUAUAUAAACAAUAUAUAUAUAGAGAGAAGCUAUAUAUAUUGAGAUAUUAUUGAAAAGUUAUAUGCCUGUUGUCAUAUGCACCGUCAAUAAUAUAAUGCACCGAUUCACAUUUCUAAAAUGAGACCUUGAUGUCAUGUCAGAUUAUUUUAGGUUACAAAAGCAGAAAAGAUUGUUCGACGUAUAUUUUCGCCAAUGUAUUUUUUAGCAUACGAAACCAACAAAUCUCUCGAUAAGAUCUAUUUUGUGGAUCAUUGUUUUUUUUAAUGUUUAAAAUAUCACAAGUAUUUAAGAGAAAAUUUGCAAAUAUUCUCGAGAGAAUAUAAAUCGUUCAAUAACUGUUCAGAUUAAUAAUUUACUGAGAAAUUCUUUCAACAUUUCAACAGUUUUCCUUCAUUCAUAUAUAAAUUAGUCUAAUUUAUAUUUAUUUAUGGUUAUAAAGUGGGCUACAUACGUAACUUAUGCACAUUUUGUACACAAUACAUCCAUGAACAAUGUUUUUAGAGAUGUAUCGCAUAAAAUACGCAUGAAUAUAUUACGUAUGUGUACUUAAAAUGCAUAUAUAAAUAUAAAAAACAUUAAUUUAUAUACAAGAAAAAUGUUAAAAUAAUAUGGAUAAGUAAAUAAAUGAUUGCAAAAUUUGCCGGUAUUGUUAAUCUGAGCAGUUAUUGAACGACUUAUAAUCUGUCGAGAAUGUUGGCAAAUUUUUAAGACUCAAAAUACUUGCGAUAUUUUAAACAUUAAAAAGAUAUAUCUCAUAAAUUCAUCAAAUAAUUUUAAUUUGAACAUCAUUGUUAAAACGUCAAUUGUAUAAUUUAUAUUGAUAUUUGAAGUAUUAAAAAAACAAUGUUUUUGAUUAAUUUAGAGAAGAAUUGAUCUUAGAGAUUUAUUGGUUUCAUAUACUAAAAAAUAUACUUGAAACAUGAAAAAAAAUUGCGAAUAUUUUCGAAACAAUAUAAAACAUGCAAUCAGUCAUAACAGCAGACGUUCAAAUAAACAGAAUGUUCUCUGAUAAAUAUAUAACAAGAAAGAAAUACCUUUAUAUACGAUAUACGAACGUAUAUCGAGAUUAUUUUCCUUUUUUUUUUCUUUGCGAUAGAAUAGAAAUUAUAUGAAUCUUAGUGCUGCUACAUAUAUGGAGCGGAAAAGUUCUCUGCUUUAGUCUGCCAAAAUAAUCUAUCAGGCACAUCAAAAUCCUAUUUUAGAAGUGCAAAUAUAUAUAACUGCGUAGAUGAUGAGCUCACUGGAUAUAUAUAUUGUUAUUAUAUAUUAUUGAGUAAAAGUUCGGAAAGACAUAUGCAUAGAACAAAAAAAUACUGAUGAACAGUAAUUUUCAUGUGUGAAUUGAGCAGAAAGAGCAUAACUGCAAACUGAUUAUAUUAUUUAACAAUAUAUAUUUAUAAUAAAGCAACAUAUAUAAUAUUAUACAUAAUAAAAUAUAAUAUAUAUUGUUACAAUACAAUAUAUAUUGUUAAAUAUAUAAUCAGUUUGCAGUUGUUUCACUAUUUUCGAACCUUUUGAUUAUAAAAGUCAACUCUUUUUACGAGUAAAAUUCAUUCAAGUAAUUCCUUUUAUAUCAAGCUAAGUUAAACAAUUUAAAUAUAACGAAUCCUUAAAAAAUUAUGAAUCGACUCAGACUUCAUUAAAAUUAUUAAUACGUAUUGAGAGAAACUAUAUACAUCUUCACGAACCUGUGCAGACACAUAUGCUCAACUCAGUCUCUCCUAUACGAGCACAUUCGAAACGAAAGUGAGCUCAUGCUGUACCUCAAAUCAGUUUAAUAACAAUUUUAUACAAUACGAUGCUACAGCAUUUACCACGGGGAUACAUCCAAACGUUCCCACGUACCGUGCUCUACUUUUCUCAUUCACUCUCUUCUUCUCUGCGAUUAUAAAUAGCUAGUGUUAAAAAAUAGUACUUCAAUAUGCACAUCAUUUGUAAUCUUUCGUUUUCUAACUUCAACGUGUUCUAGAUUACAGAUCCUAAUUCCGCAAUAUAUAUCCAUCUCGCUUUCGCUCUAUCCCAUUUUGUCGUGUAUAUUCCGUUUCUUAUAAUACAUUAUAAGUUCUUAUUUGCAAAGAUAUAAAUUAGUAAUUUUGUUAUAUAUCGUAUUCCGUUACAAUAGGAAGAACCAUGUCGCUGUCAGUAUCAGACUUGGUUAUCUCGGUAGCUGUUUUCUUCUCUCUUCCCUCCUCCUCUCUCUUUUACUUUCCAAAUUUAAUCCAUUUAAAAUUGACCUACUCGGUUGCGUACUCCGAUCUGCAAUUCGUUAACUAUAAAUCGUGUAACAAGCACUUCGGUUGUGAUCCGUGAUAUAGCGUUAAUAUAAUUGGAAGUAGCGUUGAGUCUUCUCAAUUCCAAGCAUGGAAAAGAGACGCAUAUAUUUCCGGUUCUAUUGAGCGAUUGACCUACCUCGCUGCAGACAUUUUU